AUGGUUAUGAGCUUUAGGGUAUCAGAAUUACAAGUUCUCUUGGGCUUUGCUGGAAGGAACAAAAGUGGAAGGAAGCACGAACUUCUGACCAAGGCGUUGCAGCUGCUGAAGUCUGGCUGCAGCCCGGCUGUCCAGAUGAAGAUUAAAGAACUGUACCGGCGGAGGUUCCCGAGAAAGAUCUUAACCCCUUCGGACUUGUCGAUGCUCCACAUCCAGGCGGGACAGCUGCCCUCGGGCACGGCGCUGACGCCAGGCACGGUGUGUCACCUGCCCUACGAGCACGUUAAUGAUGAUUUAAUUUGUCUUAAAUUCUCUUCUUCAGCCUCAACGAACAGCCAGCGGUUCGAAGAAGCUCACUUCACCUUUGCUCUGACUCCCCAGUCCCUCUCCGCAGAGCUGCUCUCCAGCAGAGACAUCUUACCAGGCGCCAAAUGCGAUUACACCGUGCAGGUGCAGCUAAGGUUUUGCUUGUGUGAAACCAGCUGUCCCCAGGAAGAUUACUUCCCUCCUAAUUUAUUUGUCAAGGUCAAUGGAAAGCUCUGUCCCCUGCCUGGUUAUCUCCCGCCCAUGAAAAACGGCGCAGAGCCGAAACGACCCAGCCGCCCCGUCAAUAUCACUCCGCUGGCACGGCUCUCGGCGACCGUCCCGAACACGAUCGUGGUGAACUGGUCCUCGGAGUUUGGCCGGAACUACUCCCUGUCGGUGUACCUGGUGAAGCAGCUGACGUCAGUGACGCUGCUGCAGAAGCUGCGAGCCAAGGGCAUCCGCAACCCAGACCACUCGCGGGCCCUCAUCAAAGAGAAACUAACAGCUGAUCCUGACAGUGAGAUAGCCACCACGAGCUUACGAGUUUCCCUGAUGUGUCCGCUGGGGAAGAUGAGGCUGAUCGUGCCCUGCCGAGCCAUCACGUGCACCCACCUGCAGUGCUUCGACGCGGCGCUCUACCUCCAGAUGAACGAGAAGAAGCCCACGUGGACGUGUCCUGUGUGUGAUAAGAAGGCCCCGUACGACAACCUGAUCAUCGACGGGCUCUUCAUGGACAUCCUCAACUCCUGCACGGACUGCGACGAGAUCCAGUUCAUGGAGGACGGCUCCUGGUGCCCCAUGAAGCCGAGGAAGGAGAACCCGGAGGUGUGCCAGACGUCUGCGUUCAGUGGGAUCGAGGCCAGCGCCCUUUACACCGUGAGCUCCGAGGGCAAGAACUCUUCGGAGGGCAAAAAAAAAGUGGAGGUUAUUGAUCUCACUCUGGACAGCUCAUCGGACGAGGAGGAAGCAGGGCUCCGUUACGCCGCGGGGAAGCCCACGCCGGGCUCCCCGCCCUUCCCGGCGGUGGCAGAGCGUCUCCCCCACGCGCAGGCACCGCUUCCCCGCCGCCGUGAGCCUCCCCGGCACUGA